AUGAAUACAUUAAAGAAAGAGAAAAAAGAGAAAGAUAAGAAAAAGGACGAUAAAAAGAAAGACAAAAAGAAGAAUAAAACAUUUCAUCUUAUUGAAGAACGUGAUAUGACACCAGGAAUUCAAAUAUUAAAGACACCUCUUUCUGAAAAAGAUGUUUUAUAUACUAUUAAAAUUGUUUUUGUUGGAGAUCCAUGUACGUUAGAUGAUAGAAAAAAAUUAUUAUGGGGAUAUUAUCAUAAUCAUCAAAGUCAAGUCCUUAAAGACCUUGGAACAACUAUGAAAGAUGUUAGAAUUGAUGGGUUUAAUGGAAGAAUUAGUAUGACAUUAUAUGAUAAUAAUAUUAAUCGUGCAACAUCAUACUUUCCAUUUAGUGGAGUACAUGGAGUAUUUUUAGUAUAUAGAAAUGAUGAUGAUAUGUCAUUUAGACAUGUUUAUAAUUGGUUAUCAGAAGCAAGAAGAUUUUGUAAUAAAGAAAAUGUUUUUGCAUAUGUAAUUGGUAUAUUUCCAAAUGAAGAGAGUAUUAACCAAAUACCAAAGGAAAGAAAAGCAAUUCUUCAUUUAAUGAAAAUGAAAACAUUUAAUUAUUGUCCAGGAAAAGAAGAAUUAUUUGAUGAAUUUAUUAAUGAAAUGGUUUGUUCAAUAAGAAAAAUUAACUUUAGAGAUGAUAUUCUUGAAGUUCAAUGGGAGAAAAGAUUAUUUGAAUCAGGACAAUAUAAAAAACAAAAAAAAGGAUUUAUUCCUAUACAAAGUGAAUUAGAAAAUAGUCAAAGAAAACAAAUGGAAAGAGACCCAUAUCGUAGACUUAUAAAUCAAGAAGUUGAUAGAGGAUUUACUUAUACAAUUAGACUUAUUUUUUGUGGAGAUGAAAUUACACAAACACAAGCUAGAAGACUUGCAAUUGGAUUAUUAAAUGGAUUUGAUCAACCAAUUAAAAAUAUUCCUAAUUUAGAUAAUCUUGCUACAACAUAUAGAGAAAUUGAUAAUAAAUUUUUAAAAAUUAGAGCAGUUGGAUAUGAUCUUAAUUAUAAACGUGGAUUACAAUAUUCACCUUUUAUUAAUGCAUUAGGAUCAAUUAUAUUUUUUGAUUAUACUAAUGAAGAUUCAUUCAAACAUUUACCAAUUUGGGUAAAAGAAAGUUACAAAGGAAAUUUAAGUGAAAUGUCACUCUUCAUUUGUGGAUUAAAUAAAACAUCAGAUCAAAGAAAAAUAACAGAAACAGAAGUUAUAAAUUAUCUAGAUAGUUUCCCUCUUCAAAAAAAACCAAUACACUGUGAUUAUGAAGAAAAGAAUAAUAAAGAAUUUACACAAAUAUUUAAGAAUUAUGUUAAUACUAUUAGAAGAAAAGUAUUUAAGAAAAAUUAUCUUACAAUGGUUGAAAGAGAAAUGAUUGCUAAAGAACGAAUAGGAACAAUUAAAAGUUCAGAAAUGAUAGAAAGCUCUAAACUAACACCAGAAAACUUUAAAGAAGAUGAAAAGGAAGAAGGGUGUAAUAUUCAAUAA